CGUUGGCCGGCUGGGGAUUGAUGGGCUCAGCCAUCUACGACGCCCUGUACCAGGGCCCAGAGGUUAUCUCGAUGAACAUGACGCCCGUUCAGAUCGUCUACUCGUCCCUCUUUGCGCGCUGGGCGUGGGUGGUGCAGCCGCGAAACCUGAUGCUCUUUUUUUGCCACGUGUCGAAUGUCCUCGCGCAGUCGAACCAGCUCCGGCGCGCCUUUGAGUACCAGGUGGAGCAGGGCAAGGCCGACGAGGUGAGGGCGGUCGGCAUGCAGGCGGGCGCGGGCGCCGUCGGGUUGGCGGCGCUCGUCAUGGCGGGGCCGAGGAUGCAGGCCGCUAUGGUUGCGAUGUCCAUUCCGGGCAUCUCGUCCUUUGCCGGCGCCGCGAACGGCCCGUUCACCGUCCACUUCUGGGCUCCGAUGAGCAAGUGGCUCAUCUCCGGCGCCCAAUGCCCGCCCGCCCGCGCAAACUUUCUCGACCUCGAACGGCCCGUGGAGAAAAUCUCGAUCGCCCAGAUGUCAGCGCUGACGGUGACCGGCUUCUUCUUCAUGCCCUACGCGCUGCUCGUCACGCCGAUCAACUAUGUGCUCUGCUCUGUCAACAUCGCUCUGUUUGGCUCGUCCGCUUGGCACCUCGGUCGCAAGGUCAAGGCGGACUUCCUCUCGUAGCGGACGGCGGCGCCCAGCAGCAGGCGGCGACCCGCAGCCGCGCAAGGGAGAGGGCUGUACGCUCGCGCGGACACAUAUGUUGCUCGAUUAUGCCCGCGCCCAGGCAUUCGGGAUUCUGUUGCAGGCGGUCACUGUGCAUGAGGCUAUACAAUUACAGAUCUAGGGAGGGGGGUAGGUUGAGCCGCGCGGGGGUUUCGCGGUGAAGAGGCACGCGUGACGCUGACGGUGUAAGUGUCGCAUAGUCCAUAGAGGACGCCGACAUAACGCAGAGAUACGCAGUCCUCAUGCGUCAUGCUCAUGUGUACAUG